AUGGCUACCCCAUCUAAACAAAUCCAAAAUGGCCCGGCAACUCCAGUGUACAUCCUUCGGGGCCAUGGGGCGCCAAUACACGCGCUGGAUAUCUUCUCACAAAACCUGCGGCUCGUCUCCGGAGACGCCAACGGGUGGAUUGUCAUCUGGGAUCUGGUCAGCAAACGGCCCGUAACAGUAUGGAAAGCACACGAGGGUGCAGUACUUGAAGUGAAAGGAUUCAACUAUGGUGCCAGCGGCACAGAAAUUUACACACAUGGUCGCGACCAUAAGCUAUGCGUUUGGAAGAUUCGAGCAGAGGACGAAGAAUUCCUUGAUAAGACGCUUCCAGUCGAUGCAGCUGAGGGUUCUGCGAAAAAAGGAGCUCAACCAUGGCUGCUACAUUCUUUACCUGUUAAUGCGCUGAAUUUCUGUGCAUUUUCCAUGACGUCCAUCCACACAGCGGAUAACUCAUCUUCAGAACAUGUCCAGACCGGACAAUCAGCUACACCAAGGAACAUCCUCUUUGCAGUUCCUAAUGCGCUUGAUUCUGGUGGAGUCGAUAUCUUCCACCUCCCAUCCGAGCUCCGUCUCAGCACCAUCCCGUCAGAUCCUGCUGUCAAAACAGGCAUGGUGAUGGCCGUCAAUAUUUUCGUUGCUUCAUCGGGUGAUAUUUAUGUCGCAUCCGCCUAUGAGGAUGGCCAUGUCAUGGUUUAUGUUCAUAAAGGACCUCUCACCGCGAAAGAUUUCGAGCGUGAGAAUAUUGUCUCGAACCCAUGGAAAUGGGAGAGACUCUACGCCGGUCGUCCGCAUAGCCAACCCGUUCUUUCGAUUGAUGUCUCUCCCAAGCGCGACUGUUUUAUCUCUUCUUCUGCUGAUGCUUUGAUCAUUAAGCACCCUAUUCCGGGACCGGGGACAAUUGGGGAUAUCCCAAUUAUCAAUUAUAAAGAGGAGUCGCCAAUGAAGACGAUGAAUACAAAGCAUUCGGGUCAGCAGGGUUUAAGGAUACGCAGUGAUGGAAAGAUCUUUGCGACUGCUGGCUGGGAUAGCAGGGUGAGAGUUUACUCAGGCACCACGUUGAAGGAGCUUGCUGUUCUCAAGUGGCAUAAAGAGGGUUGCUACUCGGUCGCAUUUGGGGAAAUUAAUCUUGAAUUACAACAAGCAUCUCCAGUCAAGGCCGACGGCCAUGAAAUGCGAGACGAAACCGAGGGGAACCAAGAGCAGUUGGUGCAAGGAGCUGAUCUGUCACUUGCAGCCGUUCAAAACCAAAGGAGCAUGAAGAUACAACAGACACACUGGUUGGCAGCUGGGUCCAAGGAUGGAAAAAUUUCAUUAUGGGAUAUCUACUGA